CUCUAAGUAGUUUUCCUGCACUGCCUUGCUUCUAUUGGUUCUUUUUGAUAUCUAGAAUCAAUUGAGUUAUGGUGUUGCUGUUAACCAUGAACAGUAUGAAUAUACAAAGAUUAAUGAAGUGUUUGUAUCAUCAGAUAGUGCUGAAUGUACAUACAUUAAAAUAGGUUAUCUUAAGCUCUCGGCCUAACGUUCCAUUGAUGUCGGCAUUUUAUAAAUAAUGGCGCCGCACGAUGCGUCUUAUCAAAAAUUUGGCAACAUUUGCCGGCUUUGUUUAAAGCAGGAAACUGUAAUGUCUUCGCUUUUUGAGGGAAAGAACAACGAUGAUGACAAGUCCAUACUUGCAGAAAAAAUAACCUGUAUAGCACCGGUCGAGAUUAAAGAAGAUGAUGGAUUGCCACCUACUGUGUGCCAGUCCUGUCGACAGUUGGUUAAUAGAUUUUAUGAUUUUCGUAUUUUGGUGGAGAUCUCUGACCAGACUUUACGUUCUUGUCUGCAAGAAGUUGCAUACGAUUCAAAGAUCAAAAUGGAAAUUUUCAAUGAAAAUGCUAAUAUUGAAUGUACCAAGUUCUUAACUGAUAGCGACUUACUAGAUGAUGAUGUAGAUGAGUUUACGGUAAAUGCUGUUCUUUUACCAACGGAAAGUGGUAUUCAAGUAUGGAAAAUAAAUGAUGAUGAUGAUGAUGUUCAAGUCACAAAGGACAGAGAUCUAUUUGGUGCUAAUGGUGAUAAUUUGAAGACAAAUUCACAAGAGAAAAGUGAUUCCGAGGUCGACGAUUUAGGGGUUCAUCAUUUAUUAAGCAAAGAAAGUUUUAAUAAGGAUGAAUUUUCAGGUCAAUUUAAAGAAAGUUAUAGUUGUGCAUACUGCGACAAUUUAUUUUUAGAGAGCGAAGUUUUGUCAAAGCACAUGGAUCUUCACAGAGAUGUAGAAAGUGAGGUGUGCGAUAUACGUGAAAAUACUAUCAGUUGCCAACUGUGUUGUGAAACCUUAGAAUCUAUGGCGGAUCUAAAGCAUCAUAUUUCUGAGCACUUUGACAACGAAAAGGAGAUGGAUAAUAAGACUGAUAAUAUUGAAAAUGAGAUGGAAGGCUGCAUUUUAAGGGAAGAAGUAUAUGAAAACAAUACAAUAGAAUCAAAUAUCCUCAAUAAUGAUCUAGUUAUACAAGCAUUAGACAAAGACAAUGAAGGAAUCUCUGCACAACAAUUUGUUUGCCUUCAGUGCGAUGUUGCAUAUCCAACGAAAAAGGAAUGUAUUACACAUGCUAAAGAACAUUUGUCAUCCAAACAAUUUAAGUGCAAAUAUUGUCCAAAAAUGUUUUUAAAAACGAGUUCUAGGAGAUAUCAUGAAGAAGGUCACACACGCGAUACUAAGUAUGUGUGUGUCAUAUGUACAAAGUGCUUUGCAAAGAAGUCGGAUUUAAAGUAUCACGAGGGUUCGCACUUGGACUCGCCAUCAGUUUGUACAGUAUGUAAUAAGUCAUUCCUUAAUAUUCAAUCGUUUAAAAUACAUAUGAAGCGGCACAUAUUAGGAAGCAGAUACAAUUGUGAACUCUGCGAAAAGAGUUAUUAUACAAGUUCAGAAUUAGCUAGACAUAUUCAAAAGCAUUCCGGUAAGAGAGCACACCCAUGUGACUUAUGUGAAAUGUCCUUUUUGUCAAAACCAGAACUGAAUAGACAUUUAAAAUACCAUAGCGGAGAAAAGAAGUUCAAAUGUAACGUGUGUUUUAAAUCUUACUUUGAAUCUGGCCACUUAAAAGUUCACGAAAGGGUGCAUACCGGAGAGAAACCAUUCGUUUGUACCGUGUGCAAUAAAGCUUUUAUUACUAAAUCAAAGCUGGUAAGACAUGUGAAGAUUCAUGUUAAAGACCAAAUAAUAAUGUGUGAUAUUUUACCUGUUCAGAAGUAAACAGGGUCAUUGUAAUUUAAUUAGUGAAUUCAUUGCUUCAGAAUAUUUUUGAAACUUUAGAAAUUGAUGGUUAUUAUAUUUCUGCAAAACAUUUGUAUGCAAAUGUUGUUUGAAAGAAUGUUUUAUUUUCAUUGUACUUAUUAGAGUCCAGAAGUUUUACACGCUGGACAAACUAUUUCUGUAAUAAAUUCAUACGAAAUA